AUGCAAAUAGACAAUCAUAAUACAACACAUCAAAUUCUUGAUUUGGAAGAUUUAACAUUUUCUCAAGGAAGUCAUUUUAUGUCAAAUAAAACUUGUCAAUUACCAAAUGGAUCUUUUCGUUUACAAAAGAAAGGUUAUGAAGAAAUACAUAUACCUUCUCUUAAACCGUCCCGACCUAAUGCCGAAGAAAUUCUUUAUCCAAUAUCAAAUUUACCUAAAUAUGCUCAACCAGCAUUUGAAGGUUAUAAAGAAUUAAAUCGUAUUCAAUCACAUAUGGUUAAAACAACACUUGAAACUGAUGAAAAUAUUUUAUUAUGUGCACCAACUGGUGCUGGUAAAACAAAUGUUGCAUUACUUUGUAUUCUACAUGAAAUAGGUAAACAUAUUAUGUCUGAUAAUAGAAUUAAUACCGAUGAAUUUAAAAUAAUUUAUAUUGCUCCAAUGAAAUCACUUGUUCAAGAAAUAGUCAAUACUUUUACAGAGCGUUUAAAUCCCUAUGGUAUUAAAGUAUCAGAAUUAACUGGUGAUCAUCAAUUAACUAAAGAAGAAAUAAAUCAAACACAAAUAAUUAUUUGUACACCAGAAAAAUGGGAUAUUAUAACACGUAAAGGUGAUGAACGUAUAUAUACACAAUUAGUACGUUUAAUAAUCAUUGAUGAAAUUCAUCUAUUACAUGAUGAUCGUGGUCCUAUACUUGAAGCAAUUAUUGCUCGAACAAAUCGUCUAAUUAAAACAACACGAAGUCAUGUACGUUUUGUUGGACUGAGUGCUACAUUACCUAAUUAUGAAGAUAUAGCCGAAUUUUUGAAUGUAAAUUCUAUAGGCUUAUUUUAUUUUGAUAAUAGUUAUCGACCUGUACCACUUGAACAAGAAUAUAUUGGUAUAACAGAAAAAAAAGCAAUUAAACGUUUUCAUAUAAUGAAUGAUCUAGUUUAUGAAAAAGUUAUGGAACAUGCCGGAAAAAAUCAAGUACUUAUUUUUGUGCAUUCAAGAAAAGAAACAGGAAGAACAGCACGUGCUAUUCGUGAUGGAUGUAUAGAAAAAAGUACCAUUGGAUGUUUUCUUAAGACAGGUUCAGUUUCACAAGAAACUUUACAAAAUACAACCGAAUUAACUAAAAACUUGGAAUUAAAAGAUCUUCUUCCAUAUUCAUUUGCUAUUCAUCAUGCUGGUAUGAGCCGUGCUGAUCGAGAAUUAGUUGAAGAUCUUUUUCGUAAGCGACAUAUUCAAGUACUCGUAUCAACAGCUACACUUGCUUGGGGUGUUAAUUUACCCGCACAUACAGUUAUUAUUAAAGGUACACAAAUUUAUAAUCCUGAGAAAGGUCGCUGGACUGAAUUAAGUGCACUUGAUGUUAUGCAAAUGCUUGGUCGAGCUGGUCGUCCUCAAUAUGACAAAAUUGGUCAAGGUAUUUUAAUAACUAAUCAUAAUGAAUUACAAUAUUAUUUAUCAUUAAUGAAUCAACAACUUCCAAUUGAAAGUCAAAUGAUAUCGAAAUUAAUCGAUAAUCUCAAUGCUGAAAUUGUUCUUGGAACUGUUCAAAAUAUUCAUGAAGCUGCUGAAUGGCUUUGUUAUACUUAUUUAUAUAUACGUAUGAAAAAACAACCUCAAUUAUAUGGUGUGUCAAAUGAAUCUUUACUUACGGACAAUACUCUUCUUCAACGACGUUUAGAUUUAAUUCAUUCUGCAGCAAUACAAUUAGAUAAAAGUCAUUUAAUUCAUUAUGAUCGUAAAACAGGUAAUUUUCAAAUGACUGAUCAUGGUCGAAUUGCAAGUCAUUAUUACUGUAGUCAUGAAACAAUUGCAAUGUAUAAUAAAUUACUACAACCAACAUUAAAUGAUAUUGAGUUAUUUCGUAUAUUUUCAUUAUCAUCUGAAUUUCGUCAUAUUAUUGUACGCGAAGAAGAAAAAUUCGAAUUAAAAAAAUUAAUUGAACAUGUACCAAUACCUAUCAAAGAAAAUAUUGAUGAACCAAGUACAAAAAUAAAUGUACUCUUACAAGCUUAUAUAUCUCAAUUAAAACUUGAUGGUUUAGCAUUAAUGGCUGAUAUGAUUUAUAUAACACAAAAUGCUGGAAGAUUAAUUCGAGCAAUAUUUGAAAUUGUUUUACAAAAACAAUGGGCAAGAUGUGUAGAUAAAACAUUAAAUUUAGCAUAA